UGCAAUGAUUGAGACCGACGUGCUUCACAUUCGUUGACUCUCCCAUUAGCAUUAUUUCUCCACUUUCUCAUCCGAUCCCCUCAUCUUAGUAUAACCACGACUCAACAGCCUCUCUCGCCAAACCCAACAAGAAAAACCAAAUCAAACAUGACUCAAGACAAGUCCAAAAAUGGAAAGCAAAUGCUUCUAGAGCGACCAUGGUUCCUCGUGGUUGCUCUAGCUGGUCUUUUAGGUGGCGCACUCCUCAUCACAAGCUUCAUCCGAGCUACGGACAACACUUUGUCACUCUGUUCCACAGCUAAAAACACGGCUGCAUCCAUAGCCGAAUACACAGCCACCCCAAUCCAACUCCAAUCCAUCGUCCACUACGCCACCUCACACACCGUCCCACAACAAUCCUUCGAAGAGAUCUCGAUCUCGUUAAACGUCCUCAAGGAGCGUCUCCCUUGCAAUUUCUUAGUCUUUGGCCUUGGCCGUGAUUCCCUCAUGUGGGCAUCCCUUAAUCCAGGUGGCAACACUGUGUUCUUGGAGGAGGAUCCUGAGUGGAUAGAAGCCGUCCUCAAGGAUGCACCGUCCCUCAGAGCCCACCAUGUAAAGUACCGUACCCACCUUUCUCAAGCCGGGAGCCUUCUCUCGUAUUACAAGAACGAACCCAUGUGUUUACCGGCUAAUGCUUUCCCGAUCCGCUACAACCAAAAGUGUCCGUUGGCGUUGACCUCACUUCCUGAUGAGUUCUAUGAUACCGAGUGGGAUCUGAUCAUGGUGGACGCACCGAAAGGGUACUUCCCGCUAGCGCCAGGGAGGAUGGCUGCGAUAUUUUCCUCAGCUGUCAUGGCACGUAACCGGAAAGGUGCUGGCACCACACACGUCUUCCUUCAUGACGUUGACCGCAAAGUGGAGAAGGCUUUCGCCAAUGAGUUCCUUUGCGAGAAGUAUAAAACGACCUCCGCUGGUAGACUCUGGCACUUCGAGAUACCCAAUGCUGCUAACAUGAGCGACCAGCCAGGUGACCGGUUUUGCUAAAGAGCGCAGAGAGAUCUUCGUUACUUCUUUUAAUUGGAACACCGCAUAGUUCUUCUUCUGAGUUUAAAAAUCGUUAUUAUAAUUCAUAAAUUAUCCAGAGGCUUAAGCAUUAAAAUAAAUUAUGUAUUCUAUUGUUAUAACUCUUUGUCUGAUAUGGUUGGUCUUGUGAUGAGGCCUAGUUACAUUUGCCUA